CUUGGGCGUGGGUUUUCUAGAUCUGUAACGGCUGACACGCGAUUUUCAGGAUGCCCCAAGGCGAGGGUGUCACAUUAUUUUGAAAGGUCAACCAAGAUGGCGGGGUUGAACAUGUUGGUUUGCAUCGCAGCCCUCAUGUUACUGGGGCUCUCAUUCGCUGCUGAGCCUUCGUCGGGGCGCACGGAGCCGUCUGCACCACCCAGAGAGCCCGAGACGGCGGAGACUGGGGGAAAACCUUCCAGCGCUAAAGGGGGAGACCAGGCGGAGACUGAGCCGGCUAACUGGUGCAGGGAGGCCGUGCAGACUGUGGGGGCUGUGGUCGGGGCUGGGGUGACAGCGUCUGUCGCCAAAACGAUGGCAAUCAUGGGAGACAAACUAGGGUUUGGCGGGCCGGUAGCUGGGAUGCUGUCGUGGUUCGGUAAGGGACCCAAUGUUUACGCCACCUCGGCUGCAGGCGCUGCCAUUGGCUACAUCACUACUGUUGGAGGGAGGGUCUGCGAAUUCUACGAACAACACCAGGAGUUCAUAGACAACAUUAUUAACGCCGUGAAAGGUCAAGGCCAAUCGUAAAAUCUUUGUUUUCCACUAGCUCAAGUGCCUAGUUAGUUUCUUGUUGGUUAGUUGUCAAAAUUCUCAGUGUUUUCAUUGUUACACAGACACUCGACAUGUUGUUCAGUAAUCAAAACAGUCCACGGAUCUAUGCAAUAACCUCAGUUUCCGCAUACAUUUAGUUAUGACUUAAGCGCUUUUUUAUCUUGAAAAUCAACAGUUUGCAUCAGGCAAAUAUAAAUCAUUGCCAAUAAUGUAUAAGGUGGUAGCUAUCCAACUGUUUUAUGGCUUCACCACUCCAUUUGUGCGGGAGAUAUGUCCAUUUUUUGUACGGCGGAUGUGGUGAAGCCAUGCUGCAUUUGCUCCUGAACAAAUGUCGGCCUUUCUAGUUUCCUUGUUUGAUUUCCUUUCCAAAACUAGCUUCUGCUAUGAGCAUAGAAGUUUAAAAACAGGAUAUGACAUUGCUGUUGCGCUGGGUUUGUAAGGAUAGAAAGCAGAUAGGUUUGUGGCAGUGUAACGCAUUAUAAUGUAAACCAUGUACGUUCAAAGUACACGUAUGUGUGUUUAGAAAAUGCAAGGCUUAGAUUGGGAUUAAUGACAUAGAAUACAUGCAGAAAUGCGUUGUGUAUUAAAGACAUAUUCGUUUAAAUACAUAUGCUCAAACAUACUCUCAUUUGCU